AUGGCUGCGCCAACCAACAACAAGCCGUCGUCGGCUUCCCUGACCCCGCCUAAUAAUGCCUCUUCUAGGCUGGAGAGAACUCAUCCUGGCAUUCGUCGUUCGACUCCGGAUUCCGAAGCCCUAGCUUCUUCCGACGAUGAUGUAGAGCAUUCCCUGCCUGCGCCUUCUACAAACAUGCCUGCACAGAAGCCUGCACGCCGGACCUCUUGGCUCAACGAAAUCCCUGCUACCAUGCCUCGAAAGGGCUCACUUACUGGGGCUCCUUUGUCCUCAGGAGCUUCCAAUCCAACCAGUCCUGCUACUGACCAAUCCGGAUGGCAAACCAGCACUAGCCCUGGAUUGAACAGCUCCAUUAGUUGGAAUACCGUUGGCAAUACUUCGUUUCCGUGGGGUACCGGCAUCUGGAAUACCGAUUCCCGCAAAGAACCUCCGCCUCGCCUUUCAGAGAUUGUUCCGUCUCCCACGAUGUCUAAUCCAUCGACUUCGAGCAACUACUUGGCCGAAGAACUCCUUAGUCCAACCACUCGGACUUCUGGUGACUCCUCAAUCCCGUUUUCCAUUCCGCUUCACCCAACACCUAAAACCUAUCGCUCUCAGUCAUAUUCUGUGGGUCAACUAGAUCCUGAAUAUCUUGGUUUGACCGCUGGCAGUAAGCCGCCGAAUGCAUACGCUGGUGGUCGUCCUAGGAAUGGAGCACAGUUCUCUGCACUGCAGCAUCGUUCGUCGCGCCCCAGUUUGCUCGGAGAGCUGGGCCACGACCCCGCUACUCUGGGCCGUGUACGUGAAGAUGAGGAUGAUGGUGCUGAGAGCCCUGGUGGAUCGGACGGUAGCUACGGCAAUUAUAACGCCAACCAAGCUCGUACAAUUGAGCAACUCUCGCGAGAGAAUGCUCUCCUGCGCCAGGCAGCUGGACAAGUGGAUACUCCAUACAGGGAUCGCGCCAUGUCAACUGCAUCGGCAACUAGCGGAUAUGCAGUUGGCGGUGGCAUUCGUAACUCGCAUCGCAUUCGCGGCAGCGUUCCGGAAGAAGCGGACCUUGCUGUAGAGGAUCUCGAUGAGGUGGGUAAUAUUCCCGGCUACCAUGAUAUGUACAGCAACACCAGGAGGAGAUUCUCCGAACAUUCGGGCAAUUUGGAGAAACAAUUCUCUGGCUUAUCGCCUGCGGAAAACCGCACUCUAGGCGAUUUGAGAAAGGCACACUGGCAGACUUCUCUUGGGUUCGGUAGCCUCGCAGAUAUUCCCCAGAGUCGGCGUCACUCGUUCGCCGAAAUACCGAUUCGCCACCCAUCUAUCUCUGGAGACUCCCAGGUAACGAGCACCGCUCGGGUCGGAUUAAGUGAGAAGGAUGAGAAUUAUGCCAAUAUCAACGACGGUUCUAUUCCGAAUGCCCCAGGCCAAAAUCAAUCCUAUUUUGCUCGCGAUGCAUCUAUUCGCAACGCGGUCGAUUCCCAAUCCCCUAUCGCACCUUCUUUCCACCAAGGCUAUAACCCAUAUGGUCGCCACCAACCUGCCCUCCCGCAUCAGAACCAGCUGCUUUACAUUGUGACCUUCAAGUGCCACCGCGCGGACGUUUUCUACAUUCAAGAGGACACCGGCCUUCAAGUGAACCCUGGAGAUCUGGUCAUUGUAGAGGCAGACCGCGGUACUGAUCUUGGAACUAUUCAGCACGCCAACAUUUCACUGCAGAAAGCACGGGAGUUGAAACAGAAAUAUGCUGAAGAGCAUUACAAAUGGUUGAUGAUGUUUUCCAGGCAAGGCCAAAACGGUGCCGCAAGUGCAGUUGGUGCGCAGGGCAAUGUCUCGAGCAUGGGUGGCCGGAGCGCCAUUGGUGGCAUGGGACCUCACGGUGCACACGGAGUGCAGGAACCCGCUGGUGAAAUUAAACCGAAAUUGAUCAAGCGACUUGCCCAAAACCAUGAGAUCCUGACUCUGCGUGACAAAGAGGGAAAUGAAGCGAAAGCGAAGCGCGUCUGUCAACAGAAGGUAGCAGAACACCAGCUGAACAUGGAAAUUCUUGACGCGGAAUUUCAAAUGGACUGGAAGAAACUUACAUUUUACUACUUUGCCGACUCGUACAUCAACUUCAACUCCCUUGUUACCGACCUUUUCAAGAUCUACAAAACUAGAAUUUGGAUGUCCGCCAUUAACCCGGCGUCGUUUGUCACACCUCCAUCUGCUGGUAUUCAGAGCCCUAACCCUCUCGGAUAUGGUCAGGAUGCUCAAGGUGACCGUCCCCACCAGCGUGACGCUAGAGCAUUUGGCAAUUCCCGUGAUGGUCUAGAUGCUGGACGGGAUGGUGUUGCCAACCAGAUGGGCCUGCUACGCAGUGGAUAUGGAGACUCCUAUCAGCAAUUCGGCCAUUCCCCUCGUCAACCUGAAGCUGGCAUGGGUGGACUGGGAUCCGCCGAUCCUUUCACCUCCUACCCGGCUGGUGGGUACGGUGCACUGGAGCCAGGGUAUACCGAUUAUACCGGGACCUCUGGUGUUAACAACGGGGCCUCUCGUAUGCACCCUGCUCCGGUUGAAUGGAUGAAUCGUUUCCAGGGUCUGUCGCUCAACUCUUGA